AUGUCGCUAUCGCGAUCCCAACUACAAGCCAUCUCGGUAACGGAGCGUGUCUGUUCGGCUGUGUCUCUUCUGGGAACUUUCGUCAUUGUCAUUUCUUUCCUUUCCUCUUCUUCUUUCCGCAAGCCCAUCAAUCGCCUAGUUUUCUAUGCAUCAUGGGGCAACAUGAUGGCCAAUGUCGCGACACUGAUGUCUCAGUCAGGUGUCCGGUUGGGAACUGCAAGCGGCCUCUGCCAGUUCCAGGGCUUUCUUAUCCAAUGGUUUAUGCCCGCUGAUGCCCUGUGGACAUUUGCUAUGGCCUGCAAUGUCUGGCUUACCUUCUUCCACAAAUAUGACUCUGAAAAGUUGCGACGACUGGAGGUAAAGUACCUACUGGCUUGUUACGGGCUACCUUUUGUUCCUGCCUUUGUAUAUUUCUUCAUCGAGACAGAGACACGGGGAAAGAUAUACGGCGCAGCUACACUUUGGUGCUGGGUCUCGACCCCUUGGGACUUUCUACGCAUUGGCCUGUUUUACGGACCAGUGUGGUUAAUUAUGUGCUUGACCAUUUUUAUCUACGCGCGCACAGGCAGCGUGAUCUAUCAGAAGCGGCAGCAACUGAACCGUGCUGGAAACACAGAUUCUUCCAGCACCGCAGCUAGCUUGAAAGACAUCCAACUUUCCAAAGUGACAGAGUUUUCUAUAACCCGGGAGAUUGUGCACACUAUGCAAGUGCCCCUGGAGGGGGAUGAAGAUCCGAUAUCGACCAAGAGCCUGCACACAUUCUACUGCCCAUAUUCAGUCACUAUUCAAGCCGGUAGCGAUCUCAAGGACAGCGAGAAAACUGCAGAGCAAUCUCUCGGACAUGACCAGGUCAGCACCGGCAUCCAACGCCGAACUACCGUGAUGGAAACGAAUUCGGCGGCAUGGGCUUACAGCAAAUAUGCAAUCCUCUUCUUCAUUGCCCUGCUAGUCACAUGGGUGCCGUCAACCGCCAAUCGAGUCUAUUCACUGGUGCUCCCACACAAGGCCAACUUCGAGUUGAAUUACAUCUCAGGUCUGGUGCUACCACUACAAGGGUUUUGGAAUAGUAUAAUCUAUGUGUCGAUUUCAUGGCCAGCAUUUGAAGAACUCUUGCUCCCGACUAGGAAGGCCUGCGCCCAAGCUGAAGACCAGACAGGGUCAAUUGAGUCCGAGAGCCAGCACCGACAUCGCACUUUUGAAAUAGUUGUCAAGCCCUCUGUGAUCAGCAUUAUCAUCAUCGUUGCGGAAGAACAAGACCACAAAAAUACAAAAAGAAAUAAGGAAUACAACAAAAGAGAAGAGAAAAAGAAAAGAAAACAUCCUGACAUACGGUCUCCUCUUAAUACCUGGUUGAACGCAUUCUACCGCAAAAUGACCGAAGAUACCAAUUCCGCGAACAGCACCACCGCCCGAGCCGCUGCUUCCCCCUCUCCUCCCCCUCCUGCCCCUGUCGCAUUGACUCCCGGCCCACGCGUCGCCAAACUGCAAGAGAUCUUCGACAAAGCACUUGCGCGUACCUUGCGCGCCAAUUCAUAUGCGAACUUCUCGAGCUGUUUCCCCACCCCCGCCAAGCAUGUGCCCGCCAGCUUGGAGUCCGUUUGGCGGCAGUUGAAUGCGAAGUUGGAGGAGAGUGCCAAAGCGGAGUUUGAGGACAUCUUGACGGAGCGGGAUGCUGUCCGGCAGUUAAAUGAGCUGGAUCGGUUGGUCGGGGAGGCGAAGUAUAGGAAAGAUCAUGGGGUCGGGCAGGAGAGUGUUGCUCCGCAUACCUUGCCUCCUGAUGAACUAUUUCGAUCCCAUCUCCUACCAUAUAUGCGCAAAACGCAGUCGUCUCUGAACCACAAGAUCGAAUCGGUGCAAAAUGAGAACGCGGAGCUGGCGCAACGGGUGCAAGCGCAAAGGAGGGAGAUUCAGGACCUGCUCGUAGGCUUGGAGUCUGUUGCUGCGGACUUGGAGGUCGCUGCUGCCGCUGCGACGCAGUUCGGCAGCGAUAACAAUCUACGCCAGGAGGCUGCAGAGAUGGUUGAGGAAAUCAGGGCUCGCUCUGAGAUAUGA